GCACUUUCGACACAGAAUUGGAUAUUUUAUUUUAUCUUCUUGGUUCCCUCUUCUACUCACGAAAGAAGCGCUGAGACUCACCGUCUGACGGAGCCGGCCAAGUUUGAGAACAUUCCGUGCUCGGCCGUACUGGAGUGCAUCUGAUCACUUGUGUCACGCAUAGUCGCUGUGCUGCUCUCACUCUCUUCAAAGCCGAUCGCAGGCUGAGCUACAUCUACAACAACCGCGACCGGAUCCGACGACAUGGGCGACUUCAUAGGGCCUCUCGCCUACCACAUUCACUCCAGCACGCCCGUCUCGUACGCCGGCGCGCAGAAGUGGAUCAAUGCGUACACGGCACGCUCGCAGCAGUUCCCACACAUGCACCCAGACGCGCAGCUGUCGCGCAAGAUCACGUUCGGCACGAACGGCGCAUCGGGCGGUGUGACGCUGACGCAGCUGCGUAAGGUAUCGAAGGGCUUGGGCGGCGAGCGUUUGACGCCUGAACCCGAGGAACCUCCCCGGGGGAACGACAAACCAUUUGAGAGCAAGCGCAGUGCGGCGAAGGGAAAAGCAGUCCUGGGCGAUGGCACGACGGAGGGCGACUGGAUGGAUCCGGACGAGUGGGCCGCAGGCAGGGAUGGCGAUGAAGUUGGCGAGAUUGGCGAGCGGAGCAACUACGUUGGUGAGGUGCCUGGGGCCGAAGCGCCGCAGGUGCAGGAGGUGCCGGUAGUGCCCCAUGGGAGCGAGGGAGCAAAGCCUAUUGACAAGGAAGAAAGAAAGAGGCUCAAGAAAGAUAAGCGGAAGGCGGAAAACAAGGAGAGAGAGGCCAAAAGGAGGAAGAUGGCUGAAGAUUGAGAACGGAAGUGACGACGGUUGCAACUUUUUUACCACUGCUUUCUAGUAGCAUCUAGAUGUGCAGUCUACGGAGAGAGCCCGUGUCUUGGUUCAGCGCCAAAGUGUUUCAAGCCUUUUACAAGUUGCACACACAGAUGCACGUGUUGAGGCGGGUUCCAAGAUCGGCUCAUUCUAUAAACAACUCUAUCCGGGCACUUGUUACAGCUCGCGACCCGUCGCGAGAUCCGCAGCCGCGUCUUUCUCCGGCGCCUUCUUGAAUUGGGCCUUCUUCUCACCCGUCCACUGGAUGGCCUUCAGCCGCUCGGUCAAAAUUGGAUGCGAGUAGUGGUAGCUUGAGUAGUAGAAGUCGGCAUCCAUGGAAGACAGGUUCUUGAUCUGGAGCUUGAUAAGCGCCUGCGCCAGCUCGGCCUGGUAGCCCAGCUUAAGGGCAAAGUUGUCUGUUAAACAAUAAAGAAUUAGCCGUGAAUCAGACAGACAGAUGUAGUAGGAUCCAAGUUGAUGGGACUCGGUAGGAUAGAUAGAAAUAUGAAUAUGGAGACUCACCGGCC